AUGGCGGCGUUGGCAGCUCUAGUGCGCAAAGCAAGGGACUACAUGAAGACCAAGGAGUUCCGGGAAUACAUGACCAGUACGCACUUCUGGGGUCCUGUGGCCAACUGGGGGUUGCCGCUGGCCGCUUUUAAGGACAUGACGAAGUCCCCGGACAUGAUCAGCGGCCGCAUGACGACAGCACUCAUUUGUUACUCGCUGGCCUUCAUGCGCUUCGCCUACCGCGUACAGCCCCGAAACUUGCUGUUGAUGUCGUGCCACAGUGCCAAUGUGGUGGCGCAGAGUGUUCAGGGGACUCGCUACCUACUUUACUACUACGGCGGCAUCGAGGUGACCAUACCUGGCAAGUCUGGUGACCCUUCAGUGACCAACUCCAGCCAGGCGGCUAACAUCCCUGUCUCUAAGUUCCGGAAACGGUUUUCUUAA